UCUUUUGUUGUUCGCAAAAUGGAAUUUAACCUUCCAGUUCCAUUAGAGGGUCUGAAAGAGACAGGGCCAACUGCUUUCUUGACAAAGACAUACAACAUAGUGGAGGAUUCAAGCACAAACAAGAUAGUUUCAUGGAGUAGAGACAACAACAGCUUCAUUGUCUGGGAACCAGAGAUUUUUGCCUUAAUUUGCCUCCCUAGAUGCUUUAAGCACAACAAUUUCUCAAGCUUUGUUAGACAGCUCAAUACUUAUGGGUUUAAGAAGAUUGAUACAGAGAGGUGGGAGUUUGCAAAUGAGUAUUUUCUUAAAGGACAGAGACAUCUUCUUAAGAACAUUAAGAGAAGAAAGACUUCAUCUUCUCAAACUCAAACGCAAACGCAUUCAUUAGAAGGCCGAGAGAUUGAGGAGAUGAGAAGAGACAGAGUAGCUCUAGUAGUAGAACUCGAGAGACUGAGACGAAAACAUGAAACUAUGAAGACACAUCUUCAUUCGAUGGAAGAGAAACUGAGAGUCACAGAAGUGAAGCAAGACAUGAUGUUGGAUUUCUUGCUGAAGAAGAUUACGAAACCGAGUUUUUUGGAGGGUUUAAGGAAACGUAAGAAGCAAGGAAUCAAGAACCGAGAGCAAAAGCAAGAGGUGAUGUCGUCAAGCCAUGUGGUUGAGGUCCAUGAAACGUUUGUUAAAGCUGAGCCGGACGAGUAUGGCGAUGAGCUUCACAUAGCUUCAAUGGAGGAUCAAGGACAAGAAGGAGAUGAACUUGAAAUGGAUAGUGAGGGAAUUUGGAAGGGUUUUAUGUUAAGUGAAGAGAUGUGUGACUUAGAGGAACAUUUGAUAUAGCUUUGUUAAAAUUAAAUUUGUUUUCUGAGUUUUUAUUAGUUUCGCAUAUCUAUACACUAGUUCCUUUUGUCUAUUGGAAAGUAUAAAGACUAAGUGCUCUGUAACAUAUUACCAAUGAAAGCAGGUCAUAUUCUCCUAGGGUCUAG